CAGGAGCAGACGCGCAGGCCCGGGGUCGCGGCUGCUCCGCGCUCGGCACCGAUCCUCGAGGGGCACAGGGGGUCCAGACAGCUCCGGGGGCGCCGGGUGGAGGCGGCUUGCGGGGCUUGCUGCAGGCUGCGUGCAGCCGUCAGGUCCUCGCGUCUUUAAAGGCAUCCUUUAGCUUUGAUGCAGGUCGUUUCCUGCGGGCUUGUUAGGUUUUCCAGCGCUGCAGGGCUGUCUUCCCGCUCCAGGGAGGUGCGGCUCCUUCGAAGACAAACAAAAACAACUUUGGAAGUUUCUCUGCUAGAAAAAUAUCCUUGCUCCAAGUUUAUAAUUGCUAUAGGAAAUAAUGCAGUAGCAUUUUUGUCAUCAUUCAUCAUGAAUUCAGGAGUCUGGGAAGAAGUUGGUUGUGCUAAACUCUGGAAUGAAUGGUGUAGGACAGUGGACACUACACACCUGUCCCCCACAGAGGCUUUUUGUGUGUUUUAUCACCUAAAAUCGAAUCCCUCGGUUGUGCUCUGUCAAUGUAGUUGCUACGUUGCUGAAGAUCAGCAGUAUCAGUGGCUGGACAAGGUUUUUGGCUCUUGUCCAAGGAAGAAUAUGCAAGUAACUAUUCUUACAUGUCGACAUGUUACUGACUAUAAAACUUCAGAAUCUACCAGCAGUCUUCAUACUCCUUUCCUGAAAGCCCUAAAAACACAGAAUUUCAGAGAGCCUCCUUGCUGUUCACUGCUAGAACAACCAAAUAUCGUGCAUGACCUUCCUGCAGCAGUUCUGAGUUAUUGUCAAGUAUGGAAAAUCUCUGCAAUUCUGUACUUAUGUUAUACUGAUGUGAUGAAAUUAGACCUAAUCACAGUUGAAGCUUUUAAGCCUGUACUUUCUUCCAGAAGCUUGAAAAGUUUGGUUAAGAAUAUUCCCCAGAGCACAGAGAUACUGAAGAAAUUGAUGACAACAAAUGAGAUUCAGAGUAACAUUUACACAUGAUUCCAAAGAUUGUUUUGUAGAGUAUAUUACCCAUCCAUUCCUAGAAGGGGAGCGGCGUGCACUGUUUUGUAGGUUACUUUUUUUUCAGGGAGGUGUUUUGAGGAUGUUAACAGAAUAAACUUAUUUUAAAUUCA